ACCCGACGAAAUAUUAGUCUGAAAAUUUCGUUACAAGUAACAGGAAAACGAACCGUAGAAACUAGAAGAGGCGCUUGAUGGGCAAUUCCGGGUCAUCUUCCUCCGAUCCCCGCCUGGCCUCCGCCACUAGGGCAUUUACCCAGACGGAAUUGGAUGAUUUAAGAUCACUUUUCGCAUCGCUUGCGGCCAAGUCCCAAAGUAAUGGGAAUCACACAUCUCCUGAUGUUUUCAAGGAGUAUAUCGGAAUUGACGGGCCUCUAGGAGAUAGGGUUUUCGAUUUGGUUUCGCAGAAACGCAGGGAUCAGAGGAUCACUUUUGAAGACCUCGUUAUUGCUAAGGCGACUUAUGAGAAGGGAACAAAUGAGGACAUGGAAGAGUUCAUAUACAAACUACUAAAUGUAUCAGGUGAUGGUACUGUUGGAAGGUCUGAUCUCGAAGUCGUCUUAACAUCCAUGUUCGAUAACCUAUUUCGUUCACAAAGUUCCGAGCCUAAGGCAGGAUCAUACAAGGAGAUCGUUGAGGUUUUCAUUAAUGCUGCAAAUUCUACUAGUGAUGGCAUGUCUUUUCAGGAUUUCCAGAAAUGGUGCUCCCUUCUUCCAGCUGUCAGGAAAUAUCUCGGUAGUUUAUUGAUGCCAUCUGAUUCAGGUUCACAAGUACCUAAGCUAGUGUAUCCUGACAAUAUUGAUGAUAGUCAAAUUUUGCUGAGGAAGGAAUAUGCUUGGCACAUCGGUGGAGCACUAUCCCCAACUGAACUGGACGAGUGGAAGCUUUUAUAUCAUAGUUCAAUCCAUGGAUUGAGUUUCAACACAUUUUUAGGCAAUAUGCUAAAUGACGGACCGACUGUAUUGAUCAUUAAAGAUAGAGAAGGUGACAUAUAUGGAGGCUAUGCUUCUCAGCCAUGGGAAAAACAUCCUGAUUUUUACGGGGAUAUGAGAUCUUUUCUUUUUCAGCUAUACCCAGAAGCAUCGAUUUUUCGGCCUACUGGAGCAAACCAUAAUUUACAAUGGUGUGCUGUAAAUUUUACUUCGGAGAGCAUUCCUAACGGCAUUGGUUUCGGAGGGCGAGUUAGUCAUUUUGGGUUGUUCGUUUCAGCAAACUUUGACCAGGGGCAUAGCUUUACGUGCACAACGUUUGCCAGCCCAUGCUUAUCGAAGAGCAGCCAAAUAUAUCCAGAAGUUAUAGAAUGUUGGGGAGUUGCCUCAGCAAGAGCUGAUCAGGACAGAACACAUGCUAAUAAAGGUACUGUGCUGGACAGGUUUAAGGAGGAUCGGAAUAUGCUUAAUUUGGUCGGCCUUGCGAAUUCCAGUGAGUAAAUAAACCUGUCCACGCGUUUUUCCUCGAGAUUUGUGUUUUUGUGUGUUUUAUACAUAUUACGUUCGUAAUAAUUUCAGAGGUGUACAAAUAUCAACUUUUGUCUUGCCUUUUAAUGGUGCAGAUUAACCGAGCAAAAUGCAUGAUUGUUGAAACUUGUUUGAAUUUUUAUUUAGUUUUUUUGAAGUUG